GGCGCAUCUUCCACGAGACGAGGGGGGAGGACACGCGCAGUACGUGUUAUAAAAUUUUCUCUUCUCUCCACUUCCCUGUUCUCGCGCUCUAGGUCAAAUAUUUUUGGUUGCAUCGAUCGAUCGGUCGCUUCCUGGGCCCGUAAUAUCGAUCGAUCGCGUAACGCUAGGAUCGCUUAUGGCAGCAAGGAGGAUCGGCAUUGGGAGUCUCCGCAAAUUGCAGCGCCACCGAUUCCCCAUCGCCGCUGCCGCCGUCGUCGAUCGCGCCGUGCUGCUGCCGGCGCAAGAUCGUCGCGCCGAGGUAUUUGACCGUCUUGGAAAUCUCGCAAAGAAUCGCCAGUCGCUGUGCUACCACUACUCCACCUCCGCUCGCAUCGACGACGCCGACAGCUUCCAUCCGGCGUUUGAGGAUGACGCAAGUGGCGGCGGCACAGCGGUGACGCCGGAUCUGGAAAGACCGAAUGCGGAGCUUCUUUUCUCCCGCAUGAGCUCGGGCGAGCUCCUCAAGACGCUGCUCAAUCUCCAGGUGAUGGCCUGUGGCCCGCUGGUGGACGUGGGGAUCAAGGUGCUCAAGUCGCCCGUGGCGAAUCACAGGUUUCUCAAGAAGCCCAUCGAGUGGUGCGUCAAGAGGACGAUCUACUCCCACUUUUGCGCCGGGGAGAACGCGGCGGAGGCCUCCAGGACGCUCCAGAAGCUGUGGGAGCUGCGACUCCGGGGAGUUCUUGAUUCGGGCCUUGAGGAUGCGGCAGACAACGCCUCCUGCGACGAAAAUCUCCAGCAAUUGCUCGCUACUAUCCGGGAAACCAUUGCUCUGCCACACGGAUCGGUCAGCUAUGCCUGUGUCAAGAUCACAGCUAUCGCCCCACUGUCACUGCUCGAAAAGAUGAGCUUGCUCCUGAGAUGGCAGCACAGAAACCCAGAGGUGGAGCUUCCGUGGAAGCAGCAGGAUGGAUUGCCACUGUUCGCACCGGAGAGCCCGACUUACCACGCUCAGACUGAGCCCGAGCCACUGACCCGAGAAGAAGAGUCCAACUUGGUUCUAGCUCUCGAAAGACUGUCCAAGCUUUGCGAGUGCUGCGAGCUCCAAGGCCUUCCACUGCUGGUGGAUGCCGAGUACACGUCCGUCCAGCCGGCCAUCGAUUACAUCACCUACACCGCGGCUGUCAAGUUCAACCGAGGGAGUCAGCCGCUCGUCCACGGCACCAUCCAAGCUUAUCUCAAGGACUCGCUGUCGAGAUUGGAGAUGGUGGUCCACGAGACAACGAAACGAGGGAUUCCUUUCGGCGUGAAGCUGGUGCGUGGAGCAUAUCUCUCUCGAGAGACGGCUCUCGCGAAGGUGCUCGGUGUCCCAUCGCCGAUCCACGCGAGCAUCCAGGACACUCACCGCUGCUACGACCGCUGUGCUGCUUUCAUGCUGGAGCAGGCUUCCCGGGGCCAUGGAUCCAUCGUGCUCGCCACUCACAACUUCGAGUCAGGCAAAGCUGCGGCGCACAAAUCCGAGGAGCUUGGCAUGAGACGAGGGGAUUUGAGGGUCCACUUUGCGCAGCUCAAGGGAAUGGCGGAUGGGCUCUCGCUCUCGCUCGUCCAGGCCGGCUUCCAAGUGAGCAAGUACUUGCCGUUUGGGCCUGUGCCUCGAGUGAUCCAGUACCUCAUUCGAAGAGCCGAGGAGAACAGAGGAUUGCUGGGAAAUUCUCGAGACGACCGGCGUUGGAUCAGCAAAGAACUGGCCGCGCGCUGGUUUGGAUUGCCCAGAAACUAAAAAGAAAUCUCUUUUUCAUCGCA